AUGAGACUCUCGCUUGCGCUGCCUGCCUUUUUGGCCACCAGCCAUGUUGCUGCUGUGCCUCAGCUCCGUGCCAAAUCUCAACAAGUCCUUACCACUCCCCCCAAGCACAUCGGCGUCGGGCAUUUCAGCGAAUGGAGCCGCGCAACCAAGAAAUCCUUCUUGAUGGACUGGCAGGCCGGAAAGUCCUCAGAGUGGAUAAUGGUCAUGGGAAAUGAGGGAGGAGACCUGGAUUCAAUGACGGCGGCAAUUACCUGGGCGUACCAUCUUGACCACUCCACCGAGAAUGACACGCACCCGGUCAAGGCCAUCGCCCUGCUCCAGACCCCUUCCCACGCUUUGGACCUUCGACCUGAGAACAAGCUUGCGCUCGACAACUCGCAGAUGACAGUAGGACACGAGGAUCUGUUGACAUCUGACGAAGUUCCUGAAGACCCGGAAACACUCGCGUCGAAACUCAAGGGCAUCAUCCUGGUUGACCACGGCGAGCCUCUGCGAAAAUGGCGCGGAGCAAAGAUCCUGAGCAUCUUCGAUCAUCACAAGGACCGCGGCACUGCACCAGAAGCCUCGCCACGCAUCUUCGAGAAGGUCGCGUCUUGCACCACCAUCGUUGCCCGCCAACUACUCAACGAGCUCGAGAAACUGCCCCAAGAGUACCACCUCAAUCACGAGUUCCUCGAGUUAAUCCUCUCCGCCAUUGCCAUCGACUCGGGAGGCUUGACCAGCGACAAGACCACCGACGCAGACAUCGAAGUCUCCAAGCGCAUCCUCGCACGCUCCAACUGGGCAGGUGACAAACUCUCCAAGGUCAUGGAAGAACUCGACGACGAGCUCUCCUCAGCACAAAAGGACAUCUCGCACCUCAAUCUUCGCGACCUGCUGCGCCGCGACUGGAAAGGCGACCUAAUCGACACACCGUCUCCACGCACACCCACCGUAUCCCUUGGCUUCGCCAGCAUCCCUUACUCAAUGGACGAGCAGAUCAAGAAGACGGACUUCGCCGAGCUGUUCGACUGGUUCGCCGUGCACGCCGCCUGGACCGCCGAAGCCGGCGUCGACAUCAGCAUCUGCCUGAACAAGUACAAGAUCAAGGACAAGAAGACGGGCCAGAAGGAGAAGAUCCGCGAAGUCGUGCUUACUGUGCGCGACGACGUGCGCGUCGACCAGCAGCAGGCGGACGCGCUCUUCAACCUCGUCAAGGACGCGCUGGAGAACAACCAUGAGGGCAUUGAACUGCAACCCUGGCAUCGCGCCGAUGAGCUGAGCCCCAGGCAGAUGGUGUGGACGCACAAGUCGGGCGCGGGAAGAAAGCUCUUCAGGCCGAUUGUGGAGGAGGCUGUGCUUGGCUGGGAUAAGGUGGGCAUGGAGCUCUAG